CCCCUUUCGGCCCCUUUCGGCCCUUCCCGCUCCCCUCCGCCCCCCCAGCCCGGUGGCCAUGGCGGCGGGCCGCCGUUCGCCGCCCGGUCCGUGCUGCCGGUGGCGGGUGGCGGUGCCCAGCGUGUACCAGAGCCUGCCCGAGAUGGACUUCGAGCGGGGGAUCUGGUCGGCGGCGCGGGACGGGGACGAGGCGCGGGUGCUGCAGCUGCUGGAACGGCGCGGGGAGCCCAGCCAGCCCGACCUGGCGGGGUACACGGCCCUGCACUAUGCCAGCCGCAACGGGCACCUGGGGGUCUGCCGGCUGCUGCUGCAGCGUGGCGCCCGCUGCGACGCCCGCACGCCCGGCGGUGCCACCCCCCUGCACCGCGCCAGCUACUGCGGCCACCUCGCCGUCGCCCGGCUCCUGCUGGCCCACGGCGCCGACCCGGCAGCCGCCGACGAGGACGGUCGCACCAGCCUGCACAAGGCGGCUGAACAAGGUCACCGGGAGCUCUGCACCCUGUUCCUGCGGCACAGCCCGGCGCUGGCCAACAUCCGCGACGCCAAGGGCCGGCGGCCCCGCGACGUGGCCAACCCGGCGGUGCGGGACCUCCUGGAUACCUGAGAGGGACGCGGUGGGGACACCUUGCCACAGGACGCCCGGCGCCACCAGACCCCAUCUCCGAUGGAUAACCAAAGCCCCCGGCACCUGGCGCCAUCUCUGUUCCUCUGUCCCCUGCACCGGGUGCUGGGGUCACCCCUGGCAGCAGCGGGGGGAGUCACAGUGCCAUUUUUUGGCCCCCAACCCCUCCCGUGGCCUUUAUUUCCUCAUUAAAAAAAAAAAAACCAACAAAA